UAAAAAAAAAAUGAGAAACUUACACUCUUACUCUAUAUUUAUUUUUAUUAUAUUUAUAAUUAUUAAUUGUGAUAUAAGUUGUUGCCAAAGUAUAACUACUAAUCUGCCUACGAUUUCAACGAGUCUAUCAUCGAUUUCUAUGAGUCCAUCAUCGAUUUUAACGAGUCCAUCAUCGAUUUCAAUGAGUCCAUCAUCGAUUUCAACGAGUCCAUCAUCGAUUUUAACGAGUCCACCAUCGAUUUCAACGAAUCCAUCAUCGAUUUCAACGAGCCCAUCGUCGAUUUCUACGAGUCCUUCAUCAAUUUCUACUAGCCCAUCAACAACUUCAACUAUUUCAUCAACAACAAUAAGUCCUUGUCAAGGACAAUACGGAAGAACAGCUAACACAACCGACCCAACAUGUCAAGCAUACAUGAUCUGCGUCCCAAAUGGUACGAGUUACACAAUAUACAGAAUGAAAUGUCCCAAUACUCUUGUGUUCAGACCAACAACCAAAACAUGUGUCACUACUGCGAUGUAUACGUGCAUACAAAUAAGUUAAAACAUUAGUCUAAUAAAUAAAAUUAAAAAAUAUAUGUAUAUAUACAUAAUAUUAAAUUAUUUAUUGAUCAAAAUAUACAAUAAAAUUAACAAUCGUCAUUAGUAUUUCUUAAAACAG